CUUGUCUCUUUGAUCUGAUCGAUAAGAUAAGGCAAUAUGGUGAAGAAGACCGUGAAGUUAGAAUUUACUAGCAACGAGAGGAGCAGGAGAACAAAAUUCAAACACAGGACCAAGAGUUUGAUAAAGAAGAUAGAACAACUGUCGAUACUGUGCGGGAUUGAUGUAGGCGCAAUCAUAUUUGCUAAACACGCCGAUGCACACCAACAACUUCUUGUAUGGCCACCCCAACCCCAACAUCUCCACCAACUUCUUACUUUGUACAAACAAAAGGCCAAGGCCAAGGCCAAGGAGGUACAGGUAGAGGCAGAGCCAGAGGCGGCGGAACCAAGUGAUACCUCCUCCACCGCUUCCUCCCACUCCCAAACACAAAACCUGCUGCCAACUUCCUCCGGAUACCAUCACUUGUCGUUGUCACUCCACCAGCUCAAUCAACUCCUACACAUAAUGGACCGCCGGAUUGCUGCCGUUGAUAACAAGAUACAAUUCUUAAGAAAAUCUAAGCAGGGAAUGCCGGAGGAGGAGGUUAGCAAUUUGUCUCACAGCCACCGCUGCCCUCAUGCGGUGCACUGUUGUUGCCGUGGAUGCGCCGUGGUUGACCCUGGAUGUUCACAUCAUCGUGGCCUCAACAUCACUCUCCAUGGGACCUGCAAUUCUUGUAUGUCGUCUACCCAUUCAAAUCAUCUACUUUGAUUUGAGUCCCCGCAACUCUUGCACUUCAUCCCCCACAUUCACAUAAUCCCCCCUAAUAUAUAUAUGUCGUACCCUUAGUUAAGGUUUUUUUUUUUUUUAAUAUCAAUGCAAAAUCCAA